CAGACGUUUUCAGUUACUCUAGGGCGCCAUCACGCAAGCUAUAUGCAUUGAUGCACUUGAUGCGCUUGAGUACAGGGCAGCCUGGAAGUACAUUAGGGACAGAUCAAUAGGGUCAGCUCACCUGUGCGAUCUGUUCACCUGGAUACCGGGUAAGGAAAUCCCAAGACCCAAGACCCGAGAGCCAAGGUGAGGGUUCAGAUCUGAGAGAGGUAAACCUGAGGAAUAGGGCCUCCCUAUGUUGCUCCGGAAGAAUUGCUCCCGAUCGUGCUUUCUUUCACCUGGGUGUGGUUCCCGCUGACCCCGUCACCUGGGUCCAACUCUGGGGGGCUGAGGUGAGCUACGUGGGGUGAGGGAGGCCAUGGAGCUGUCCCUCGUCAACCGUGAGAAGCCCGAGGACGUCGGCAUCGACUUGGCAGACGUUUCGGUCGACUACCCGAUGGAGAUGAGCACGCUAGCGAGUUCGGACAGCCGUAGCCGGGGCAACAAUCGACUGAGCACGCCACCUCAUUCGCCACCGCGGGCGAGACCCGGACAACAACGGGUGUCCUCGCCCACAACACCUCCCAUACCGUCCCGGCGAGGGAGGCUGAGCAGUGGCAGCCUGGUCAACAACUGGAAGCUGCUCCUCAACAGUGAUGUGGCACAGAACGAGAACGUGCUCAACAAGAUGGCCCGGGAGUGCUGCGACGACCUUUUCCUCCAAAAGGAGGGAGGGAGACAUGAGGGGGAUCAGAAGGUGAUCAUUAACGUCGCAGGCCUCCGCUACGAGACCCAGCUUAAGACCUUGAACAAGUUCCCCGAAACCCUUCUGGGGGACGCCUUCAAAAGGAUCAAGUACUUUGACCCCAUGAGGAACGAAUACUUCUUUGACCGCAAUCGGCCCAGUUUCGACGGGAUAUUGUACUACUAUCAGUCCGGGGGUAGGGUCAAGAGGCCUGCGAAUGUUCCCCUGGACGUCUUUGCAGACGAGAUCAUUUUCUACCAGCUGGGAAGUGAUGCUAUGGAGCAGUUCCGUGAAGAGGAGGGCUUCAUCAAGGAGCCAGAGGUCCUGCUGCCCACUAACGAGGUGCACCGGCAGUUCUGGCUCUUGUUCGAGUACCCGGAGAGCUCCAGCGCCGCCCGGUCGGUGGCCCUGGUGUCUGUCCUCGUCAUCGUCAUUUCCAUCGUCAUCUUCUGCUUGGAGACGUUGCCCGAGUUCCGUGAGGAUCUGGACACCUUACCUGCCUACCUCCACCCCAAUCAGACCCAGGGUGGCAACGGGCCCCUGGCCCCUGCAAAACCUGCCCCGAAGAGUCUCGCCGCAACCUUCACCGACCCCUUCUUCAUCGUGGAGACCGUCUGCAUCGUCUGGUUCUGCUUUGAGCUCUCUCUUCGCUUCGUGGUCUGCCCCAGCAAGAAGGACUUCUUCCACAACAUCAUGAACGUCAUCGACAUCGUCUCCAUCACCCCGUACUUCGUCACCCUGGUGACCGAGCGCAUGGCCACGCAAGACGCCAACUCCAGCCAGAACAUGUCCCUGGCCAUUCUGCGCAUCAUCCGGCUGGUGCGCGUCUUCCGAAUCUUCAAGCUCUCCCGGCACUCCAAGGGGCUCCAGAUCCUGGGCCAGACCCUGAAGGCCAGCAUGCGCGAGCUGGGGCUGCUCAUCUUCUUCCUCUUCAUCGGAGUCAUCCUCUUCUCCAGCGCCAUCUACUUUGCCGAGGUGGACGAGCCGGAGACGCAGUUCAUCAGCAUCCCGGAGGGGUUCUGGUGGGCCGUGGUGACGAUGACCACGGUGGGCUACGGGGACAUGUGCCCCAUCACCAUGGGGGGUAAAAUGGUGGGCACCUUGUGCGCCAUCGCCGGCGUGCUGACCAUCGCCCUGCCCGUGCCCGUCAUCGUCUCCAACUUCAACUACUUCUACCACCGCGAGACGGACCAGGAGGAAAAGAACGUCCUGGACACGGCGGUGGAGGCGGGGCAGAAAUCGGGCACUGCCACCAAGGGCAGCGACGCAUCGCUCAACAAGGCCAACAGUGACUGGCAGAGUGACAAAUCCCAAAACGGGAGGUCCUAAAAUAAAACACAUCAAAAAAAAAAACUCCUUAUCGCAUCAUCUAUGCAGCCAACUCAACCGAAUGUCAGCUGGAUUACAGUGGAAUCAGCAGCGUACUGCACAAUAAAAGGGAUUAUUCAUUUCUCUAUUAACGGGAGAUGACCGCAAGUUCUUCAAAGAGGCAUCUAAACUGUGCUGACAAAGCUUUUUUGUGGUUUUGUCAAUUAUUGAUUCAGGUAUUUUUAGAGGAAUGCUUUUGCAUACUGCUCAGGUUGUUAAACACAUAUCCUACUUUAGGACAAUAUAUAGCUAUUUUCAAAAUUGAAGUUAUCAAAAUGCAUGUUGUUGCAUAAUU